AUGAAGAGCAAAGCGCUCGUCCUGUGCUCCCAAAGGAGGUUCUUUAGCUUGUACAACUUUUUCAUAUGUGUGAGGAAGGGUGGGGAGGCCACGCUGAUAAAAGAUAUCAAGCAACGCUAUGUGAGGGAAGUAAUAAAAUAUCAAGCGCAGAAAAAGGACACUACGGAAGAAAAAAAUGAAAAAAGCAAAAAAGAGAAACAUUUAGUUCGAUUAGGCAAAUGCAAUGGGGGGGUGCAAAUUAAAUGCUCCCCAUCGCUUAUUUAUUUGUUAUCAUUAAAAUGUGGUUAUGUCGAAAGCAUAUGGCUCAACGUUUCGAAGAAUGCAUCCUGCAAUUCUUUGAUCACCCUGCAGGAUAUUAUCAGAAGGAUCCCUUGGGAUUCCUACAUUUCUCCAGACCAUUUGGAGGAUAUCCCCUUGAAAAUCACAUCGCGAAAGUCGAAGCUCUUUGACGUUGCCGACAUUGGACGUGCUGUACGUGGGAAAUUAAAUGAGUUCGUUAGGUCAUACAGAGGAGGGAGUAACAUCACAGGAGAGCGGUAUCCUUCCCCCGAUGCAUGUCUACUAACCCCUCUCUUGGAAGAUCCCCCUCCGGAUGAACAGAAAUACGAAACGAAUGUGGAAAACCAAAAAGAAAGAACAAAAAAAAACACAUGGAAUUUAUUAGCUGUUCAUAUUGAAAAUAACCUAUGCAAUGUGGACAUAAAAUUUACGGGCAAAUUGUCUCCUCGAUUUUAUCAGUACUGUCAUGUGGAUGAUCAGCUAGCUAAUGUUGCCAAUUACAACAAAUGCGACGAAUUGAAUUUCAAUUCUCUCUUCAAUAAGGAUUUGAAUAUCGGUGAUGAUCAAAUUAAGAGUAUCGUCAAGGAUAAUGUCCCAUUUUGGUCCAUCUUUGAAGAAAAAAAAAAAAUUCAACUAAGUGAUGAAAAUACUCCCUCUGGGGAGGAGAGUCACCACUACUAUAAAUACAACUAUUUUGGGUAUUCCCGGAAGAGGGACUCAUCAGACCAUCUCACCAGUGCCAAGGAGGUGGCACCACGGGGGGAGAAGUGUCACAUUAACAGUUACCCAAAUGAAAACAAUCAUAGCCCCAAUGUGAGUGAACCUUCCAAUGAGAAAGAGCUUGUAAGCGGGUUUGAAAUUGCACUAUCUGCGGGGAAAAAAUACGCUCAUGAGGAAACAUACACGGACGAGUAUACCCAUGACAAGGUAACGCGCAACAUUGAGAAAGGCAAAAGGGAAAAUCAGAACAAUUGCACUGAAACAAGCCGAACCAGCGCACUUGGCAUAUCACACACGGACAACGAACGUGUGCUAAACUACCUGCGCGACAUGGAAAUAAAAAGGAUGAAUCAUCACAAUAACAAUUUCUUUUUAAGUGACGACUGCUACGACACAGCUAGCUGUAUAUAUUCGCUAGCUUUGCAAAAAUGUCUAAAAAAUCAGAAGCACGUAAAACUCAUUUGGGAUCCGUUCUGCUCCAAUGGCAACAUCAUCUUCGAGUUGUUGUUUUAUUUUCUUCGCAUUCCAAUUUAUAGCGACCAUCAAAUUUUACCCUUUAUGAAUUUGAAAAUAUAUGACCAGGAAGAAUUUCUACGCAUAUAUCGAUACGUUUUGGACAACACAGCUGAUGCACAGAACCACCAGGUGCAGUUACUUGGUACCGACAGUCGGAGCAUUAUGAUUGCCCAGUGUAAAAAGAACCUAGUUAGGUGCGCAUUGUAUUAUAAAAACAUUUUUGAGAAAGUGCAGAAAAAUAAAAAGUGUGCCUAUCGGGGUAGUUCUACCGUCGGAGCAGAUCCCUCCCCUUCUUCAUGUGGAAGUUACUUGAGUAGAGACUCAUUUUUAGAUGGCGCGCUGGGGGACCAUGUGAUGAGUGAACAUGAUGGGGAGCAGGAAGAAGAGAUGGACGUGACGGGUGAGAGUUGUGCAGCUCCCUUUGAUGAAAUGGAAGAGCGCAGUUACUUGCGAGAUAUGGAUGCGCUCCGCAGGUUGCAGGAGACUCCAAGGGGAGGAUUGCCCCGAAGUGGUAUUCAGACGGAAAUCGUCCCACUAGAAGAAGCAUCAUCAAAAGUACCAACAGAAACAACAGCAACCACCACAACAAGGGGAGCAGUCGAAUCCGUAAUAACCGCCCCCGACUUGCACACCAUGUCCGUAUCCACAGCGGAGGAUCUCAAGUACAACUUAGACUUCCCCUUGGAUAUAUCCUUUCACAAGGCCCACUUUUUCAACGUUGCCCCUUUUGUAAAGGACGCCAUAAUUAUAACAAAAAUUCCCCACUUCACUUUUGUAAAGGAACUCGGAGUCAACAAAAAAACUUUCACCCUGUACGAACAGUUCGAGCAAAUGCUAAGCUCAAGAAGUGAUUGGAAGGGAGUAUACGUCCUGAUCAGAAAUGAGGUUUUUUUAAAAAAAUCGAAAUUGGAGUGGAACAAAAUGCUACACUUAAGGGACUCCAAAGGUAGGCACUUAACCUUACUCAGUUGGACGGGGCGAAAAAAGAAUUUAUAUUCCUUUGCAACAGAGGAUGACAAACUGAGGGAGCUAGAAAGGUUUAGUGAAAGUCUCACCUUUGAGGCGUAG